AACCUAACUGCUCUGAGUUAAUUACUGAGGCGAUCAUACUAUCGUUUACACAAAGUUUUGACGUUUUAAUGCCACCAUGUCAUAGGUGUUUUAUAAAUUCGAUCCCAUUCUCGGUGGGCAUUUACGGAAUGAAGCCUCAGGCCAUCGAAGGGGGACGGCUUGCGCACAAUGGAUGAAUUAACUGCGAAACCGCAUCGCGUUGCGCGCGCAUGUAACGCCUGCAAGCUUCGUAAAGUUAAAUGCAAUGGAGACGUAGAGAGAUGCCAACAAUGCUCUCAUCUGAACCUCAAAUGCAUAUACUCCGACAUCAAAGCAAAGCCGCGAUCAAAGACUCUGCGAAGGGGCAGUGUGAUCAGCGCAUACAAGCAAGAGACCAGCAUCCAACAAACGUCCCCUUCAUUACAGCCGGCUACCUCUACCAUUCUGAAAGCAGCGUCGGCGAGUCCGGUUAGUCCUGCAUCGGCUGCAUUCACACCAUCGACUGUGCCAUCAACUUCAUCCUCGGACCCUUCAGCCCAUUCUCCUUCGACGCAUUCACAAACCGCAGUCGCUCCAUUAGCACCAUGUACACAAUGGGACACCCCCUUCUUCUUCGGUCUGGUCCCCGACUACCUGACCGCAGUAUAUCCUGUCCAUCCAAUAUUGUCGGAACCUGAAGUGCGGGAUACAAUCGCGAAGAUGAGCACAAGUCGUGAAUAUGCUGCAUUCUGUCAUGCGUAUGCUGCUGUCACAAUCAAUCUUGCUCAAAGAUCUCCUUUGGACGAGUCUCCGGCCGUGUCAGAGAGGAUUGUUGCUCUGGUUAACCAUGCUAUCAGGAUCAAACCUCCAAUGGAACUGGACCAUCAUGCAACAGUCCACAAGGUACUCACGUGCAUUUUCUUGGAGAUCUGCCUCCUAAGUGUUCAGAAGAUGGACCUUGCAUUCUUCUACCAGCGAGAAGCCGCAACGCUGUUACAUAUGAUGCGCAUUGAGAAUGAUGAUAUUGUGGCGAAAAUGAGUUUGUCAGAAAGAGCAAGGAAACAAAGAUUGUAUUGGGAGGUCUUUAUCCACGAACGAUUCAUAGCAAUAGUUGACUACCGUCCCACGGUGCUCACCGAGCUUCGGAAUCUUCCAGAAUAUGAUAGCUCUCUACCUCAGGGUGUAAAUGAAGGCUUCAUUCAAAUCAUCAAGAUAUUCCGGCUCUUGGAUUCCGACUUCCUCCGAUACUGGCAAGACUCGCGCUCCAUCGUCAAUGGAGUAUGGUUUGACCAAAAGCACCGGGAGUUGGAUGACGACUUGCGCGAUUCCGAACGCGAUAGCCAUGUUCUCAGUCCAAUGCAGCAAGCCGACCUCAUAAUUACGCGACAGUGGCUUAGAACCCUAUUGUGGCAGUUAGCCAUGAGCAAAUGUUUGCUCAGUCUUUCCCCGGAGCCUUCCCGAAGCUAUAUGAGCCUAGAAAUGCCAGUGAUGCUCAGUCAACAGCUGCGCAUAUUCGUGUCCAGCAUGGAUCCCAAGGCCAUCGGUAUUCACGGCACGGGAAUAUUCCGCAAGCUAUUCGAGAUCUGCGAUACAAUUGCGGACGUGAUUAUCCAUGUCCCUGCCCCGACGCAUCAGGAGUCCGACCAAAGACUCGAUGACUUCCUCUUUCUCACUCGGUUUCUGUUUACCUUCCCGAACACCAAGCCAAUUCAAAGACAAAUCUUGCAAAGGAAAUUGGACACAUUGAAGGAAUUACACCCUAAGUGCAUAUAUCCUCCUCCUUGA